AUGAAUAAAUGCAUUCAAGCAAAUAAAACUGCCAUUGCCAUUGACGCGAUCAUCAACCAGAAGUCGUUCAAUACUGGCGCAGAUGAGAAGAAGAAGCUCUACUGUAUCUAUGUCGCCAUUGGUCAGAAGAGAAGUACCGUCGCUCAGCUGGUCAAGAGGUUGAGCAAUGCUGAUGCCAUGAAGUACACCAUCGUCGUCUCGGCCACCGCGUCCGAUGCCGCCCCGCUGCAGUACCUUGCCCCAUACUCCGGUUGCUCAAUGGGAGAGUACUUCAGAGACAACGGCAAACAUGGACUCAUCAUCUACGACGAUCUGUCGAAGCAGCCCUUCAGCAUCCCGAUGUUUUGCAAUGACAUAUCCAUAACAGAAAAGAGCCUGCAGAAAGCUGUGGCCUAUCGCCAGAUGUCGCUCUACUGCUGCGUCGCCAGCCGGUCGUGA